AUGGCAAACGUUUGGAAAUCACCGAUUCGCAGCUCCGACACGAUGAUCUUCCCAAGCCACAAAGCAGAGAGGAGGUACCUGGAUAGGGGACGGGGCGAUGAGACGGAGAUCUUUCUCUACUGGGGGCUGAGAACUUGGACCUGGGUGUGUCUACUGGGGAUACAGGUUGGGCUCUUGAGGAUCCGUCGGAUGAGAAAGACUGUGCCGCAGGAGACGAUCCCGCAGGCAACCGAGAUUUGGGCGGCCGUUGGUUUGUUUUGGGUCUGCCAGUCCAUGCUGAACGGUAUCGGUCUGGCGGUCUUCGAAGUAGUGUUGGAAGAGCUCUCGCUUCCGGCCUCGCAAAACAUUGGCCUGGUUGUGGAAGACGAGGUGAGUCUGAGAUCGGUAGUCGACCGGAUCUUCGUUUCGUGGCUCGUACACCACACCGUGGUGUUUUUCGCAGACGUGAUCAUCCCGUUCUCCAAAGACCGCGGGAGGAGUUGGGAAGAGGUAGUCACCACGGCAUUCUCUCGCGUUGCGCUCACCCAUACCUUCCUCCACGCUGUCGUUUUGGGGUCCACGACUCCAAAGGCUACUCCCGUCUUGCCCGUGAUCCCUAGAUCGGAUCCGUGCCCCGAUAGCUCCAACUAUGUUGUACGUCUCCAACGUACGAACCAUCCGAACGAAGGACACCGGAUUGUGGGCUGGAAUCUUUGGAUUGGCCAAGACGCAAUGGACGAGAUGAGAGAGAUACUUGGUCCCCCAGGAGGAUUCGGGGAGUUGGGCUUUAGUAUGUCGGCAGAUGGAGUCCGGUUUGAAGCUAUGGGUAAGGGUACGAGUUUCGUGCUUGACUUCGAGGUUGAUGUUACCGUCGAGAAGAGGAGAGCUGUGAGGAGGCGGAAAACGAAGUAG